GAAGACGGUGGAGGGCAAAUGUACAAAUUAUACUUCGUCACAGCAUAUCCACGCUUGCGUGACUGGGGAUGCUGCAAGGCUGACAUCUUAUUGGACGACUAACGUUCCAUCCUAAUACACUUGAAGCUUCAAUCCUUGUCGCCACGGCUACCUGAGGCGUAUGAGGUUCCACCACGUAAAUUCUACUGCACUGCAAUACUGCCACCAUAAUGCAAAGGCUACGCGGCGCCGCCAUCACGGGAGCACAACCAAGUGUAAGACCGCUGCGAGCAGAGCCGUGACUCUAAAGACCCUAGCACUGUGCAGGAUCAUAGUAGGCAGCGGCUCGCAAAAACCCCUUUGGCCUAUGGACAAGAUCUGGACACACCUGCCUUGUUUCGCUCCUCGUGGAAUCAUGGACACGGCGCCGCCACGUAUUUAUCAUGCUGAGACGUGGAGCGUCCAUGAUCGCCUUACCUUCUUACGAAUGAGCUUUUCGGUCCAUGCGUGCGACUGUGCAACACCUGAUGCCUCUGCAGCACGGAUAGCCAGUAAUGAAAUCCACGACAGCGGUUUGUUGCUUUCCAUUGGCCCAACACAGACGGUAUUGAGACGUGUGACAAGUAAAUUGGCAGUAUCAAUCCCGUGUGAUAACGGCGCCGUUUGGAGGCUUUGAAUGCCGAUGCCAAAAGUCGUGGUUCUUGUUUCUGACCCCCACACGGGUGGCGUCCCAAGAUCGGAACCGAGUAGUAGAUGCACGCUAGCCGGACCGGCAUGCAUGGCGCUAGAGACCGGUGAAGCGGCUAUCCUGGACAGAUGGGCUGGCUGCAACAGUAUCGCAGUGUCCCGAGACACGCUGAGAGCGCACCGACGUCACACGACAGACGGCUAAAGUCUCGUGGACUGUUGGUUGCCGAUAUGCAGCGGUUGAGGGUGUUGGCUGGCGACUGCAGGGUUGUCCUCGUCAAGGCGGCGUUCGGUGCAAAGUAUAGG